AUGAGCCCCAAGCCCUCCCCCUCCAUCUUGCAGACCCUCCGCUCCUCCAACUUCUGGGCUACAGCCGCAAAAGGCAUCCCCGCCAUCAUCGCCGCUUCCAUAAUCCAGAUCUCCUUCUCGCAAUGGAUGAACCCGGCGCCCGGCUCCGAAAAAGCCGUGCUGGGGAAGAAGAUGCAGAAGAGCUUCGGAGAGACGCAUCCGUGGCGGAUGGCGGUGCCGAGGCCGGGGAGGGGGAAAGUGGAGGAGGCAAAAGAGGGAGAGGAGAUAGGGAGAUUGGACAGGAACACGGAGGGACUGGAAGCUUGGGGGUUGUAG